AUGGCGCAGGACAUUACCAGCUUAACCGAAGAGGACUUUUUUGAGGGGAAAUCAGCCUGUUACUCAGAUACAGAAGCUUUGACUCAAGGAGACAAAGAAUAUGAUGACAUUUUGGAGCUUAAUCAGUUUGAUGGACUGCCCUAUUCCUCGAGGUUUUACAAAUUGCUUAGAGAGAGGAAAGAGCUGCCUGUGUGGAAAGCGAAAUGUGAAUUCAUGGACACUUUGGCAAACGGACAGUUUGUUGUUGUCAGUGGCUGUGCUGAAACUGGCAGGAGUUCUCAAGUGAGUACUGAGCGGGAUUUGACAAGAUUGCACCUCCAUGUGAAAUAGUGUACACUAACUUCACACAACAACACAAUUCAUUCUGAUUACUAGAGAUACUUUGGACCUCUGAAUAUUUACAGAGGAGUAUCUUAAAAUCAAAGGUGGCACAACAAAAUUUUUACAGACUGUGGAAAAUAUGAGUGGAACAAAAAAAUAAAAGACAAACAUUACUUAAAGAAAAUGGUUUAUUGUUGGGAGUAUAUUUGCUUAAGCAGAGUCCAGUUCCAGAUGAGACAAUUGUGUGUGAAAAUCCAAAAAUCCAUGGAAGAUCAAAUAUCCAAGACCAUCUGAGCCUGUGUUUUUAUGGUCACAAGAUAAUAUUGUGAUCAAAACAAAAGCAUGAACAAAGUUGAUAACUUUGAAAAGUGAGACAUAAGAUCAAUCCAACUCGUCUGAGAUAUUACAUAACCAAAAGGCGGGUAGAAAAUUGUACUUGCAAGAGUUCAAGAUUUGUCCCUGGAGUUUAAAAAGUUGGCUCUUGUAAUUGUAAAGAGACUUAUCCUGCUCUUUUUUUUUUUAAACAGAUUCCUCAGUGGUGUGCUGAAUUCUGCCUGUCAGUCCGGUUCCAGCACGGCAUGGUGGUUUGUACCCAGAUUCACUCUCAGCAGGCGGUAGAUCUUGCUUUGAGAGUGGCUGAUGAGAUGGAUGUCAACAUUGGCCACGAAGUUGGGUACAACAUCCCUCUGGAAAUAUGCUGCGCCAACGACACAGUCCUCAGGUAAACAAAAGCAGAAAGUGCUACCUCCAAACUCACAUCCACUAAGUGUUCAACUAUCUGGUUUCUCCCUCAAGGUUUUGAGACAGCACAGCCAUGACACACAAUGCUCCAUCACCCCGCCUUUUUCAAUCUCAAGAGAAAAGUGAACAAUAGGCUCAAGGGGGCUCCUUUCAGGGGGCGCCUCCACAGCUGUCCAGCUCCCUGUCCAUCCAUAUGUCUCCCCCACCUCAUGUGGGUGUCUCAUAAGUCAACAGGGGAACAAAGAAAACUCAGCACAUAGAGGGGAGGGUGAUAAGAUGAACGGGCAGCCAGCUAGUGCCAGUGUAUCCACUUCUGCCACAAAUGACCAGAGUAAAUUACUCUAAUAGGACAGGGCUGAUGUCUAGACAAAGUGUUUUUCAUUAAGGUGCCAUACUGAGUGUGGUGAAUAGAUGUCUUAAAUUAAGUGUGCCACUUUAUUGGCCUACGGUGAAAGAAAUCUAAGGAGAUGUGAAAGGGUUGAUUUGGUGGUGUGUUCAUGAGAAAAUGAGGAGAUGUACAACUACGGUGCAACAAAUGAAAAUGUAAAAAAAGAAUGCAAAAAAAAAAGAAGAAGCCACAACAGAAGUUAGCGAUGAAAAAAAGAAACCAAAGCCCACUGCUAAUAAAAAAAAGAAACAGUGCAGAUUUUUUUUUAAAAAGGCCACAACGGAAGUUAAUGACGCAAAAAAAAAUAGCGGUGCUAAAAAAAAAAAAAGCUACUGCAAAAAUAAAAGGAUGCAAAUGAAAAAUGCCACAACGGAAGUGAGCUGCCGAGGACCAAUAAUGACAAAUAGCGAGGUGUCUUCAUACUUACUUCUAUGAGUAAAGCAACCGAACCGCACAGAUACCGCACUGCAUUCUCCUCUCGUGGGUGGUUUUUUCGAGGCAUAGUGGGUUUCCCAUAUUAGCUAAAGCUAACACUACACCAGCAUCUGCCAGUUCAACCUCAUAUUGACUCAGGCACAACAUUGUAUAACUAAAUGACAUUGAAAAGCACACAAAGCGAAAUUAAACAAUAACCUUUCCACUUGCUUCUUUGCUCGUCUUCUCGCCGUCGUCUUCUGUGGCUGGAUCGUUAAACACCGGUGCAUCAUCACUAAUGGUCCCCGGUAGCUCUUUUUUUUUUAUUUGCAUCCUUUUAUUUUCGCAGUAAGUAACUUUUUUUUUGUCGCAUCGGCAGUUUAUUUUUUUUUAUUUCAUCGUUAACUUCAGUUGUGUUUUUUUUUUAUCUGCACUGUCUUUUUUUAUUUGCAGCAGGCUUUAAUUUUUUUUUUUUUUGUUUUUUUUUGCAUUGGUAACUUCUGUUGUUGCUUCUUUUUUUUUUUGCCUUCUUUUUUAUUUGCAGCAGUGGCGGUUCUCAGCCACCGUAGUAGUACAACAGCUGAAAGGACAUAACAGUGUAAACCAUCUUUUCUUUUUUCUUUUUUUCCACCCCAGGUACUGCACAGACGACAUGCUCCUGAGGGAAAUGAUGUCCGACCCUUUACUUGAGCGCUAUGGUGUGGUUGUCGUGGACCAGGCCCACCAGAGGACUGUCGCCACUGAUGUACUCCUGGGUCUCCUGAAGGACAUCGCUCUGCAGAGGCCUGAGCUUCGUGUUGUCCUCCUCACUGCAGUUGAAGCCGGACCCAAGCAGCUGAAACACUUCACCGGGUCUGCAAUGCCUUUAAUCUGCCUGGAGAACCCGGGUGAAGGGGAAGUGGUGUACAGUAGCACUGGUGAAGGUUACUUCUGUGCCGCUCUUCGUCUUGUACUGGAGAUCCACCGCUCUGAGGAGGAAGGAGAUGUGGUUGUGUUUCUGGUGACAACACAGGUAAAAGAAGUGCCACGAUUGAUUAAACAAACAGCCACAUACCACGUUCUGGUCUGAUAUUUUACUAUAUUGUAUUAUAUGAUACCAAAUCCAUAAAUAACUGACUACAUUUUCCCUUCUACAGGAGAUAAAUUUGGCCCAUGACAUCCUGUGUCAUGAGGGGCACAGUGUACCCCCUGACCUUGGCGAGCUCCAGCCCAUCGCCGUGCACCCUGGCCAGCCUGGUAAUCUUCCAAUUCGAGGGGACGAGGAGACGGAGCGAACCCGCCGAGUGUUCCUCACAUCCAGCCCAAAUGAGGACUUUUUCUGGGCUGUUAACUCGAUUAGCUUUGUUAUCGACGCAGGACUCGAGAAAAGAUAUGUGAGUUCAUCACCCUGUGUUGUAAUUAGAGAAACUAUCAAUAUGGAAGUCAAUCUGUGCCAUCUGAUUUUGAAUUUGAAUUUCUAAAGCUGAAUUUUUUAGCAUCAAAAUCAGACUUUGAAUUUCAAAACUAUUGAAUUUCAAGCAUGCAUUUUUAUUUCUGACACUUAUUUUUUCAGUUAAAAAAAAAUCUCUCAAAAUAUUCAUGUAGUAAAAAUUCAACUGAAAAAAAAAGUGUAAAAAAAAAAUUCAACAUGAAAAAUAAUUCAGUGUCAAAAAAUUCAGUGUAAAACAGCAAGAGCAAUCAAUUCCUCAAUCUUCCACUGGGGUCAGUGUCAUAUGACCAAUCUAGCAUUAUUUGAUUGGCAGGACGAUGGAUGAUUUAGCCAGGAAUCGAUUGCUCUACCUAAUUAGCUGGAUGUUGAGUUGGUCUGUUUUACAUUAAAUUUUUGGACACUGAAUUUUUUGGCAUUGAAUUUUUUUUAACACAUUUUUUUUUUAAGUUGAAUUUUUACUGCUCUAUACUUUUGAGAGACUGAGUUUUUACACUGAAUUUAUUUAAUCAUUGUGAAAAAUAUUAGCAUCAGAAAUAAAAAUGAAUGCUUGAAAUAGUUUCAAAAUUCAAAGUCUGAUUUUUGAUGCAAAACAAUUUGAUUUUAAAAAUUCAAAUUCAAAAUCAGAUGGCACAGAUUUACUUCCAUAUGUCAACACCCUUUCACUUUAACAGGAUGAGAAAUAUCAUUACUUCCAAUUAAGGACCAUUUAAAUUUAAGGUCUUUGUAGGAUGUUGCCGUCACUGUUGUUCUUUUCAACAACUUUUUUUUUUUUCCUCCUUCUUUAAUAAAUGAAUUUAAUGUUCUGACCGAAAUGAUGUUGCAGGUUUACAACCCCAGGAUCAGAACAAACUCAGUCAUCAUUCAGCCAAUCAGCACAGGUCAAGCCCAGAGUCGCAGACAGCUGGCAGGUCCAACAGGUGAGAAGUAAAGAAAGUGUCUGGCUCAUUAUUUCCUUAUUCACAUGCUGUCUCGACUCCAAUAACCAUCUUUCUGUCCUGCAGGGAGGUGUUUUUGUCUGUACCCAGAGGACAGACAGCUACCUGCAGACAUCCGCCCUCAUAUUGUGGAGUCUGACAUCACCUCCACCGUGCUCUUCUUGAAGAGGAUGGAGAUUGCUGGACUGCAUCAAUGUGACUUUAUUGACAGACCAGGUGAGGAGGCGACCAAACCAAUAAAACAGACAGGCAGUCUGUAUCGGCCAUGUCCUGUGAUAAUGAGAUGACAUUUGGGUUCAUUCAGUCCAUUCAGUCAGUUGUACUCAGACAGACAGAGGAUUUUUUAUUAGAGGGUAGUGAGCCGUGCCUCAGCUGUUCUGACAGCUCCUGUUCUGACAGCAUCCUUUUAGAGCUGACCUGCUUCCAUGUGCCUUUGUUUCCCCGGAUUUAUUCACCCCCACUUACAAAAACACACACUCAUACACACACCCACACACUGAGCCUAGUUGUUAGUGAGUUAGUUGAACAGAGUAUAAACAUAGUGCUGUUGUGUGGGAGUGUCCGUGCCUCUUUGUUUCCCUGUUGUUGUUCAUUGAAAACAUGUUUGCACCAAAGAGAGAACAGAAAAUCUCAUUUGUAGCAUGAGGGGCUCUUCAUUUUGCAUAGUGACAUAGUGAUGCAUGGCAGAUGUUGGUGAGGAUUAUAAAAUCCUAAUCUUCUGCUGCCUUUUUCCUAGGAGUGUGCCCACCAGGGUGCCAGUAUACUGUACAGGGGAUUGUCCCAGUGGGUCACCAUUUGGGAUUAUAUUUUAAAAAGCAUGGUAAAAUAAUCCCCAGCAGUGCAGUUUAAUGUAUUUUGAGUUUAAUUAAUAAUCUAGUAAAAACAUGAGACAGUCAUUUAGACUCGUGCUUGAUUCAGAAUGGGUAUGUUUGACAUUUUUGUUCACAGAUUUUUAAUUUAAUUUUGUGUAAAAAUUACAAAAACAAAUCUAAUCCAACCCUUCAUAUCACAGAUCCUGAAGGUCUCAUGCAGGCUUUGGAAGAGCUGGACUACCUGGCAGCUUUGGAUAAUGAUGGGAACCUGUCUGAGAUGGGUAUCAUCAUGUCUGAGUUCCCUCUGGAGCCUCAAAUGGCCAAAACUCUGCUCGCCUCCUGUGAGUUUGACUGUGUCAGCGAGGUGGUCAUCAUUGCUGCAAUGCUAACAGGUAAAACGCAAAACACUAAAUAUUGUGCAGUUCCAUUAUGUAACUUUUGGGGUAUUUUGUUUUUGCAAAGACUUGACAGUUUGAAAAAAAAAAGGAAAAAAAAAUGUCAUAAAUUAUGUGGAAAACUUAAAGCUCCUGUGAGGAACUUUCAGUUUGUGUCAAUUUUGGCGCCUCCUGUGGACAAAGUAGUAUUUGCUCAUCCAAUCCUUCAGCUACAGGUUACAUUUAUUGUUAAUAUUUUAAGUGGAAAAUUGUAAAAAAUAAGACUGCUGUGCUGACACUUUCCCCCUCACGCCAGUUUUAGGCGUCAAAAAUGAGGAUAUAAAAAUCUCAAAUCUUGUUCAUGAUGAUCUUCUUUACUUUUGGAUAUUAUUACAAGGUAGCAGUAUACAUUUCAGCCUAUUUCACAAAUGCCAAAAAAACCCAUAUAGGAGCUUUAAGUGUAAAAAAUGAGACUACUGUGGAAGUGACAAAAACUGCAGUUCCUCAAGUAUCCACUUGAGGCUGUAAAACACCUGUUUACAGUACAAUUAAACAUGUCUGUAUUUCUGACAACUGUACAUGGGAGCUCAUUAUUCCUGACUCAAUCAUUCUGGUUUUAUUAAAGCCAAUAGUUGGGCAUAAUGACACAUAAUUAGGGGCGUAACUGUUACAUCUCUCUGCCUCUUUCUAUGUUAUUUGAAGUCAUUAAAAUCAGACUUGCUUUGGUCUCAUAACCCUAGGGUCCAAAAUCUGCCAACAUCCCUGAAACUACGUCCAUGAGUGUACAAAUGGACGAAAUUUACAGACAUCACGCCUUAAGCACUCAGAGUUGCAUUGGAUUUAGGCGCAGGUUACUCAGAGAUAUUAGAUACAACAUUUUUCUGCUGAAAAGUUACGCAUAUGAGUCCUCCCAACUCAAACAAACAAACCAACAAGUUUUCUGUGUAUGUCUCAUGUGGUUAACUGUGUUUUAUUGUGGAUUUUUCAGCACCAACAUGCUUCCUGGUUCCCUCUGUGGACCUGAAGCCCGAGGCGACACAGAGCCACAUGAAGUUCCAGCACCCGGAGGGAGACCACUUCACCCUGAUCAACAUCUACAAAGCUUUUAAACAGUGCCAGCAAGAUCCACGUGAGUUUGGACAGCAUCACUCACAUGGGAACGAACACACCCAGAUGUUUCAGAGACCAGAAUUACACAUCCAGUAGUUUGUUAAUUCUCUCAUCCUCCGUCUUCAUCACUAACUCUGGUCUCCCACAUAAUCCUCUUUGUCAGACUGUGAUGCGGAGAAAUGGUGUCAGGAUUUCUAUUUGAACCACUCGGCUCUUCUGAUGGCUGACGCUCUUCGCACUGAGCUCACAGACACUCUGAAGAGGAUCGAGCUGCCUGUCUCGGUGCCUGCCUUUGGUUCCCGUAGCAACACCCUCAACAUAAAGAGAGCUCUGCUGGCAGGUUUCUUCAUGCAGGUCGGGAAAUAGAAAUCUUUUACAGUACUGAACACGAAACACGUCUGGGCUUUUCUACACCUGCUUUUAACUUCAAUUCAAUCUAUGACUGCCGUUGUUUGUAGUUCAUGCUAAUCAGUAUUUUCUUUAGGACUAUUUCUGCACCCAAAACUUAAAGCCAAGUCUAUUACCUCAACUUUGAGUUGCAUAAAAACUUCUUCUAAUGCUUGAACUUCUACUGAAUCUUAGCUACAACUUCAUUGAAUUCCCAACAAGUACAAGCUCUAGUAUUUUGAACUCCAUCAUCCUCUUAUUGUUCGUAUUCCAGCUGGAUCUGUCCCACUGAGAAAUAGACGGCUAUUAGAUGUCUAGUUUAUUUUAGACCUAAUUUCAACCGUCUAGAUUCUGUAUAUUUUUAGACGGAAUUUAGACGUUGCACUUUAACCCAUUUUUCGAUAAAGGUUUAUUUCAAAAAGCAAUUGUGAGUUGCAUAACUGAUCUCCAAGUACUUAACCAAAAUAACCCUUUAUUGCCUUUUGUAUCGUAUUUGAUACAUACUCUUAUAUACUUCUAUCAAAUCAAUAUGAUCAACAAAUUACUAAAAAAAACACCUGAAUACAGUCCAAUAAAUGAUAAAACAGUUAACAGUUUCCAAAAACAUCUAAUGUACCAAACGAGAUAAAUAAAUAUAUUUAUUGAAUUUGAAGGAAAUUUCGAUCAUUUUGGUUUUAAGUAGUAAGUGAAAUAAACAUUUCAGUUCCAAAAAAUGUGGAAUUUACUGUCCAUAAUUUGUGGUUUCAGGCAUUGAAGGGAUAAUUAUGACAGCUGUUGAGCAAUAUACAGUGUAGUAAAGAUAAAGCCCAGAUUUUAAACUUGGUCUAAAUUUAGACAUCUAAAAACCUUUCAUUUUUAGACCUGUGGUAGCCUUAAUUUAGACCAGUUGUCUAGGCUACAUUUAGACGUCUAUUAACCUUUUUGAGACCAAAAAAUGCUCAGUGGGGUUUCUUGUCCAGCAUCCUUAAAUGUCUUGUUUAAAAUAUUUAGAAAAUGUUUAUUUUUAUCAGAGUUUUUAAGGAAAUUUAGAAGAACAGUUAUUCGUAAGUGACUCUAGUUCCCUCCGUGGAUACCCAGCUGACUCUACCUCACUGUGAUUUCCUUCAGGUGGCUCGGGAUGUGGAUGGAUCUGGAAACUACUUCAUUCUGACCCAUAAGCACGUGGCACAGAUCCAUCCUCUGUCCGCAUACAGAUCAAGGAGUCCCAAACUGGGCCUGCCGGAGUGGGUGCUCUUCCACGAACACUCAUUCUCUGAAGACAACUGCCUCCGCACCGUCUCCCACAUAACACCGGGGCAGUGAGUCUCAGUCUUGUUCAUAGUUUUGCUCCUUAACUGUUCACUUGUUUUGUGUUCGCAUAACAGAGCACACAGUCUUUUCAUCUUGACUGAUUGGGCUUGAAAAUAAUCAGACAGACACAUUCCCUCUCCCCUGUGGGCCAUAUGUAAAAUCCCAGUUCAUGCCAGUUGUGAGGGGAGGUAUCAUAAUCCUGUCUGCGAGUAUCAGCUGCUUGGAGAGGGGAUUAUGGGUUGCACAGAUCCCUGGGAAUGUGGGAGCUGCAGAUUAAUGGAGGAAGAGAAAGCUCUGCAGACUUUGUCAUGCUCUCUUAAGUUCCACAUGCUAAAUUAUGGGAUCCCCUUUCACUGUAGUUUGAAUAAUGUAAGCAGAGGACACUGUAAAUCUCUCUAAAUGCUGUAAAUCUUCUCUCAAACAAAAGAGGGUGUCAAUCAAACACAAUUCAAAUCGGAAUUAAAUUUGCAAAUGAAAAUUAAAUUUACUUCCGUUUUGCCACUGCUCUCUUGACCGAUCUCAUCCUUCCCUCCCCCCCGACUAGGUUCAUUGAAAUGGCGCCGCAGUAUUUCUUCUACAAUCUACCACCUAGUGAGAGCAAAGACAUCCUCCAGAAUAUUUUGAACCACGGAGCAACUCGAUACCGAGAGGAGAAACACCCGACCUCUAAAGAAGAACCCCGAGAGGACCAGAGUUAUGACCGCUGUGUCGUACAGUGA